GUAGAGUACGUUUAGUUAGAGUAGAGUACUGUAUGUCUAUUAUUUAUUAUUGUCUCGUCUACGUUAAAUGCGCCAAUUGAUUUUCUCCGUAGCCUUUAUCGUAUGACGACUCUAAAAUAUAUCCAUACGAUACGAAUAUAUAAUAAAAACAACAACAACAGCUAUAAUAGUGACGCUAACAAUAACGCUACACCGUCGUACAGACUCUCCAUCGCUGUAUAGGUAAAGUACAAAAGUUGAUUACAAUACAUUAUAUUGGUGUUUAUUGGGACAAAAAAAAAAUGAGACAAAUUGAAAGUACAAAUCGCACCUACAACAGCAAUGUUACUUAGUUUCAAGAAUUUAAAAAUGGAGAAAAGUCACCCAACAUCUGAAAUAACAGACAACCACAAAGACGAUUGUAAAGUAACAUGGACACAUCCAAGGCAUAUUUUUCAAAGACUUAUAACAUUAUUUUUGAUGUGUUUAAUUGGAUUUGGUUCAUAUUUUUGCUUUGAUAAUCCUGGAGCAUUACAAGAUAAUUUUAUUCAAGACUUGAACUUAACAACUUCUCAAUUUGUCUAUCUGUAUUCGUUCUAUUUUUGGCCGAAUAUUGUAAUGUGUUUCAUUGGUGGAUUUUUAAUUAACAGAGUUUUUGGGAUACGCUUAGGUACUGUCAUCUUCGCAUUGAUGGUUGUUCUUGGUCAAAUAGUAUUUGCUGCUGGAACGUAUUUGAACACCCUAUGGAUUAUGAUACUUGGCCGUCUGAUAUUUGGAAUUAGUGCAGAAUCUUUGGCUCUUUCUCAAAACAACUAUGCAGCAUUGUGGUUUAAAGGAAAAGCACGUAAUAUGGUGUUUGGAUUUCAAAUGAGUUUUGCCAGAUUUAUUAUAACAGUGAAUUUCAUAGUUAUGGAACCAUUAUAUCGAUAUAUAAAAAAGCAAAUAAAUUUCCCUGACUAUCAAAGUUUAUCGAUUGCUUUGUUAAUUUCAAGCUUAACUUGUGUCAUAUCAUUGGUAAGUGCCUUAUUACUUGCUUGGCAAGAUAAAAGAGCCGAAAAACUACUUUGCCGAAAAACACCUGAUGCUACUGAAGUUGUUGGAAAUUCUGAUGUGCGAUACUUUCCAAAAGCUUUUUGGCUAGUUACAUUCAUUAUUGUUUUCUAUUAUUCAUCAAUCUUCCCAUUUGUUGCAUUAGGAAAAGUAUUCUUUGAAAAAAAGUAUAACUAUUCAUCCGAUUCAGCCAAUUUGAUUAAUGGGAUUAUUUACAUCAUAUCAUCUAUAUGUGCACCUAUACAUAGUUUAGUUAUUGAUAGAACUGGAAGGAAUCUGUUUUGGGUGUUUUUAUCAAUUUUUGGUACCUUGGUUUCACACAUGUUAUUGGCAUUUACAUUUUUAAACCCCUAUAUUGCCAUGUUCACAAUGGGAUUGUCUUACUCGAUGUUGGCAAAUGCAUUAUGGCCUUUGAUUUCAAUGGUUAUUCCUGAACAUCAAAUGGGAACCGCAUUUGGCAUAGUACAGUACAUUGAAAAUCAUGGUCUAGCUGUUGUUGCUUUGUUAAGCGGUAUAAUAGUUGAUUCAGAUGGUUACUAUAUGUUGGAAUUAUUUUUCUGUCUUUUAUUAUCUGCUGCUUUGUUGCUGACGGCUAUUUUGUGGACUUGGGAUUCAAUGAGCAAUGGCAUAUUAAAUAUGAGUAUCAAAGAAAGAAAUCUACUUGUAUCAAAUAAAACUUCUUGUCUGGAAAAACAAAAUCUUUUACGUGAUAAUGACAUCUAUACACAAGAGUGAAGACUAAAUAUUAACUGUAACAUUUAAGUUAACUUUUUUAUAAUAUAAAAUAAAUUAAUAGUUUAACAAUAUAUUAUUCUUAAAUAAAUAAAUCAUAACUUAUACAAAUGUAUAACAAAUAUAUUCGUAAACCAAAUUAUAUUAAAUUGAUA